AUUUUUAUUAUUGUAGAUCAUUGAACAAUUAUAUCAUAUUAUAAUACAGAUGAUUCUAUGUAUUCUUUAGUCUUGUGAUCUGCGUGAUAACACUUUGUUAAAAAUUUGAUGAAUUAUGAUUGUUCUGUGUCAAGGUUCCCGCUCUUUGGAAACUUCUUCACAACCUUUGUUGCUCCACCACUCAAAAGAAAAUGCGAUGUGAUUCUGCAGAUAUUGUUAGCUGUGUGAAACUGGCGUUUGCUCGGAUGCGAUACAGUUGUCUUUCCUUGUUCAAUUUGCCAACCAACAUGAAGGUUGGUAGCCGAGAGCUACUUCUGGCCUUGGCUUGGUUACUGACCACUGAUCGGCUUCAACAGCUCAUUCAUGAGUUUGUGAGCAAGUCACUUCUUCAGCACGAGUAUCCAUCAUACUCUGCAGGUGAGGAAUUGGGUGCAUUCGAAUCCAUCAACUUGAAAAGUGAAGAAGACAUUAUCAACUUCAUAAAUUGGGUUAGUGGCAGAGUCAAGACUAACAUGGCAUACAUCAGGAAUCUAUCAAGAGAAUUGAUCACUCAUACAUCAAGAAACUAUCUGCUGUGGACGAAGAAACAGAAUUCUUUCUGGAACUGGAUGGUGCGUAUUCUUUAUUCUCCUCCAAUCAGAAUUUAAAAAAACUAUUUAAAUUGUUUUCAUUUGCUAUUCAAUCAUUUAGAUAUCUAAUGUGAUGCAGGGGCGUCGUGAAAACAACUUAUCUGGGUGGGCUAGUGAUGAUCUCAGCAUCGAAGG